GCAUAUCGAUAUACUGCUGACGCCUGCUAGCAACUGUCAAGCUCAGCGUGACUUGUGAGCUUGCGAGUCUCAACCUAAAAUUUGGCUCGCAGCUCAAGCUAAUAUUGUAAACAAAAUGGGGAUCUUUUUCGCGAAGAAAAAGCAACAAAGUCGCAUCACCGAACAGGACAAAGCAAUCCUGCAAGUGAAACAAACCAGAGAUAAAAUUAAACAAUACCAAAGAAGAAUUGAACAAAGUUUGGAGAAGGAACGAUCGCUCGCAAAAGAACUUUUAAAAAAUGGAAGGAAAGACCGUGCAUUGCUUCUCUUACGCAAGAAAAAAUACCAAGAACAAGUUCUUUCACGUGUAGAUGGACAGCUGGAAAAUCUUGAACGUAUGGUCCAUGACUUAGAAUUUGCUCAAGUUGAAAUGAAAGUUGUCGAUGGCCUAAAAGUGGGUAAUACUGCAUUGAAGCAGUUACACGCUUUGUUAUCUAUAGAUGAUAUCGAAAAGGUCAUGGAUGAAACAAUAGAGGGUAUUGAAAAACAAAAAGAAAUAGAUGAAAUAUUGACAUCGACAAUGACAAUGACUUCAGAGGAUGAAAUUGAUGAAGAUGAAAUUGAAGCAGAAUUGGAUGCGCUAAUGGAAGCAGAAAUCAAUGAAAAAGCUCCUGAAAUACCAACCAAUGUUGUACUACCAGAUGUGCCAACAGAUUUACCAGAACAAGAUAAAAAUCGUACAAAAGAAAAAAUUCAGGAGCCCAUUGCACUAACGGCAUAAAACUUUUAAGAAUCAACAGAUUUUUGCUACAUUAACGCCCGAUUCCAACGUAGAUUAACUUUAAUUUCGGUUUAACUUACUCUUCACUUUUUUCUAAUUCUUAGAACUAGAAAAAGAUGAAGAGUAAAUUGAACCGAGAUUACAGUUAAUCUACAUUGGUGAAAAUGAGCAUAAGACUUUGUGCAACAAACUAUGUAUAUAUGUACAGCAAGUAAUUACAAAGUAUAAUUUAUAAAAUUUAUCUACAAAAAUUACUAAAACUUUAGCAAAAAAUAAAAUAUUAGUUUUAACAAAUUGCAAUAUCUUAAAUAUUGUCCAUUUUGCAAUGUAUAUGUAUAUAUAUAAAAACCAACCAAUCGCGAAAAUGAGUUAUAUGAAUAAACAAUUUUUUCAUGUUA